CAUUUCAGAGCUCAUCCCAAUUCCCAAGCGGAGCUUUCAAGAGGGUUAAAUUAACAUACGAAGUUGCGAAAAUCGGUUUACAAAAACGCAAGAGAAAAUGUCUUAGAGGGUUUGUCCAUUUUAUUAUCUUUGUUCUGGGUCCUGAGUAUAGAAAUUUCUCAGUGGGUUUAAGGAACGGAAGAGUUAAAAGUAUCGGACUUUUGCGGACUACUCUGUCUGCAAUGGCUUCGCUCUCAACAUGGUGUCGGUACAUGGCUCACAAGCUCGAGUACUCCAUAUCAAUCGGCUUCAAGACCUAUAAAGGGGGUCAAAUUACAGACAAAGAGGUAAAGUAUCUUAUUUGGAAGAAUCUCAUUCAAGGAAGGUUGACAUACUUGCACUGGAACAAAGGAGAGGAAAUGGCCCCAACCCUAGAUGGAAAAGGAGUGAAUCUUCUUGUUCGGAAGUUACCAAAAGCAGACCCAACGCGUGUUUUCAUAGGAGAUGUGGUCAUUCUGAAGGACCCCGAGAAGCGAAACAAUCAUUUAGUCAGGAGAUUGGCUGCCAUUGAAGGGUAUGAAAUGGUUUCUGCAAAUGAAAAGGAUGAACCUUUCGUUCUUGAGCAGGAUCAAUGUUGGGUAUUGGCUGACAAUCAAAAUUUGAAACCCAAGGAAGCAUAUGAUAGUAGAAUAUUUGGUCCAGUUCAAAUGACAGACAUUGUGGGCAGAGUCAUAUAUUGCUUGCGGUCUGCAGUAGACCAUGGCCCUGUACAGAACAGUCACUUUGGCAUGCAGAGGGAUUCGCCUGUGUUGGCUGUGGAACUGGAUAUUGAUGAGAUGGCAAAGAGUACCAGAGCCUGACUUUUUGCUCACUGACUUGUUUGUUUUGUACGUACAACUUGGUUUCUCUUUCUUUUCGACUGGAAAGUGAAUUCAACAUUGUUUAUUAGAAAGAAAAAUCAUGAGCUGAAACACUAGGAAAGACUUCUCUGCCCCUUGUUUCAUGGCCGAGUCAUUUGGCUCCAGUCCAUAGAAGAUUAUGUUUGGAUGAUUGGAUCAACGUAGAACUUGGCUGAGACUGCUUAUGAAUCCGUUUCGCAAGUUGCGGUUCCCUUCCAGCCUCAGGAGCAUAUCCUUUGGAGGCCUAGUGUUACUAUGCCCCUCGGCACCUUCUUAUACAGUCAUUCGAGGUGAUGAUCUUUUAUAUAUCUUUUUCGUUGCUCGCCCGGGCGAGUGUAUAUGAUCGUAAGAGAUGAACAAAGCUUAAACUUACUGAGUCGAAUAAAAAGUGUUGGGUCCUUCCCACUUUAGCUUU